UUUUCGCCAUUCAAUGAUACGGUGGCAGUAAAGUGACGUGACAAAAAUGGCGACGCACAGGCGACGUGUUUAGAUGUGUAAAUAAACACUUUCUGUGUUCAUAAUCUCUUCUUAAACAAUGUCAGAGUGAAAUUUAUCAGAACCACGAUACUCAUGCAGAUGUCAAUCAAGUUUGAGCCUUUUUUUUCAAAAUGCAUAAGAUUUAUACGAAGAAAAGGAACAUGUCAAAAGAGCUAACAAAACCAUGUAUAUCUAUCUAGAAGGAUGUGCAGCUGAGGAUGGGUCCAUUACAGCCCCACUCUCCUCAGCUGUUGUAGUCUAUGUGGUCAACUAUUGUGCUCCAUAUGCCAACAUCUUUCAUAUCUGCUUUGUGGAUAGCAACACAUGGCAUGGUAGCAUCAGUAUCACCCCUGAAGCUGUCCAAGAUCUGUCUACAAGCUUCAUACAUGCUGCAGAUGUCCCAAGAAUGGUGCAGAACUGUGUUCUGCCUGUCAUUGAUGACACAGAGGCUUGCAUGGUGCGGUGUGGCCUCUGUUGUGUAGUGCGCCACAUCAUUUACCCAUGCCAUGAGUGGGCCCUGAAACAGGGUGACAGCUCUAUUCAGGAACUUCUAGGUUUCCGCGAAGGCAGUCUCAAGGCGUGUUCAGAAGUCUCAGGCUGGACAAAACUCUGUGAGGUUGAACUGCCAGACACUGUCGCUGAACUCAUUCAUUUAUUUAGGCAAAACAGUCAGCCAUGUAUGUUAGACAUUCCUGAGGAUCUUAUGAAGUUUGAGCUUCACUUUGACCAGGAGCCACUCCUUCAUAACGAUGACAAGAAAAAACGCUUGCUUCUCAAAGACAUCAUCAGUGACUUUGAAACGAAGAUUGCAAAUGGCAAUGAUUCUGAAAUCAAUGUAUGCAUUCAGAACUUUUUUGAGAAAAGGGAUGUAGUGUGUUCACACGGAAACAUGUAUUACAGGGUUCGCACACUGCAAGAAAGGGAGAACACAAAGUAUGAUAACUUUGAAAAUGGUGAAAAAUGUAAGUUUGGUUGUUCUGAAAAGAAACUGAUCAAAUGGUGUGCUAAGUGUAAUGACAGAGAGCGGUUUCGGUGUAAACAGGAGAAACAAAAUAGGAAUUAUUCAAGACUUGAGGAUGUUAAUACAGCCUUAACUACUUUGAACUUGAAAAAUGAAGGUUCAAACAUUGUCAUAAAUGGUGAUAUAGGAACUAAUUUCGGUGAGAGAAUGACUAACAAAACUCAUUUACUCAGAACAGAAGCCGUUGAAGAACUAAGGAUGUAUGUUCAAUCCUUAACAGUGAAGGAUAUCGUGUAUGAGCACACAUAUUCAGAGGGAAUAUGUUUCACUGUGGCUGAUAUUAUUCUGUUUGUCUACACCUACCAUAUGCUGGAAGCUAUGAAUUUCCAAGUUUCUCAACUUCUAGAGUGCCUUCCAAACAUUAAGAAAUGGCUAAGUCAUGUUCAGCAUUUACCCAGAAUGCACCAAACUUCCAACAAGUAUGGAUUCAAUAUGACUGCCCUGGGGCAUUGUAUAUCAGGAGAGAAUGGAACUUUGAAUGUAGAGUUUACCAUUCCUGCGGUCACAUUAAUUGUUGAGGAAGACACACCAGAGAUAGGACGAAGUGCAAAAUCUAAACAGAGGGCGCUAAGACGUGAAAUUGCAAGAGUGAUGAAGAAAGUUAAGGAUGAAAAGGUCCAGCCCACUCUGGGUCAGCAUCCUUGUGGACGGAGUGUCCAGAUUGCCUGGCCAGCUGUCCCCCACGAGGCCAGUCCUAAAUGUGAGUUGCCAGAGAAGCGGGUUGCUAGGAAGUGUGAGCAGCUUGAGAACCUGGCAACCGCAGUCAUGUCCAUUGCUCAAUCAGGAGACGUCAUUGUGGACUUCUGUAGUGGCACGGGUCAUCUUGGGAUUAUCAUAGCCUAUUUGAGACCAGACUGCAAGGUGUGUUUGGUUGAGAACAACUUUCAGUCCAUUGAUAGAGCUCGAAAACGCGUCCAACAUCUAUCGCUAAAAAAUGUUACCCUUUAUCAGUGUAACCUGGACUACUUCCGAGGUCAUUUCAAUGUUGGUGUGUGCCUGCAUGCUUGCGGUGUGGCCACUGACCUCGUGCUGCAGCAGUGUAUCAACAGACAGGCCAAGUUUGUUAUCUGCCCUUGCUGCUAUGGCAACAUUCGCAACACCCACCUGAUCUCAUAUCCUAGGAGUCAGCAAUUCAGGGAUAGAAAUCUUGAUGAAAAGGACCUGACAGUCCUGGGUCAUGCAGCUGAUCAGACAGAGGAGAAUAUAGACCUACAGGAGCAAGGAAGGUUUUGUAUGAACCUUGUAGACACAGACCGUGCCUCUAUAGCCAGGGAGCAAGGUUACACCGUAUCCUUAUGUUCGCUGCAGCCUCUGUCGUGUACACCUAAGAACAACCUGCUAGUGGGAACCAGAUGACCAGAGUUUGCCGUAUUUGUGCCAAAACAGAUAUUUUAAAAUAAAUGUACAAUUUA